CCACGACUUCCUCGCCGCAAUGGCGGUCUCAGACUAUGACGCAGAUGCGACCGAACUCCUAGAAACAUACGACUUUCUCAUGAAGUACAUCAUUAUCGGCGAAGCUGGGACGGGGAAGACGUGUUUGCUGCAUCAGUUUACGCAUAAUUCAUUCAAGGACCACUCGCAACACACGAUUGGUGUGGAGUUCUCCAGCCGGACCGUCAAGCUUGGGGAGAAGCGUAUUAAGCUGCAGUUAUGGGAUACGGCAGGCCAGGAGCGAUUUCGGUCCGUCACGCGAAGUUACUACCGGGGAGCUGCAGGAGCUAUUCUGGUGUAUGAUAUCACGAGUCGCGCCUCGUUUUCGAACCUUGCUCGGUGGCUGGAAGAUGCGCGAGCGUUGGCAAGCCCACAUCUGGUCACGGUGCUCGUCGGCAAUAAGUCGGAUAGGGAAGAAGACAGGGAGGUGGAGUGGGCGGAAGCGAGUCGAUGGGCGGCAGAGCACGAAGAUUGCCAUUUUCUGGAGGCGUCCUCGCUCAGCGGCGACAACGUAGAGGCGCCGUUCUUGCUCUGCGCACGGUCAAUAUUGCUCGCGAUCGAGUCCGGCACGCUUGACCCCGAGAAAGCGGGCAGCGGCGUCAGCUAUGGGGACCGUGCGUUGCGGCGCGUGAACAGCUCAAGCCGACUCAGCUUCGGGAGCCUCAGCGGUGGCCGACGCAGGAGUUCGGUCAAGCUAAAGCUCCCUGGUACAGGCAUGCGGUGCUGCUAG